AUGGACUUUCAGUAUAAUCAUAAAGAUGAUUUAAGUUUUCAAGACAUUAAUGAUGACAAUAAUGCAUAUGGAUCAAUUAAUCCUCAAAACUACAAUGAUGAGAUAAUAUUUUCGCAAGAUAAUGUCAAUUCAUCUAAUACUGAAGAGGAAGAAGAAAGUGAUAAUGAAUACAAUUAUGAAGAGGAGGAAGAGGAGGAAGAUAAUAAUGAAAACAAUGACGAAGAGGAGGAGAAGGAAGGUAACAAUGAUGAUAAUAAUAAUCAAGUGGAAGAGAAACAUAAUAACGAUGAAGAGGAACAUAAUAAUGAAGAGGAAGAAAUAGAUCAAAUUGUUGAAGCGUUAGAUGAAGACAAGUUACCGUUCUGCAAUGGUGAAUUUGCACUGUACUUUAAUAAUUAUACAACUAUGGCAUUAUUUUGCUGGCUUCAGAAGCAUAAUGUUUCUACAAAAGUAUAUGAAGAUCUUGUCAAUAUCAUUCACAAUUCUCAAUUUGAACCUAUCCAUGUGGUAAAAAAUAUCCGAAGAUUCCAAUCAUGGAGAAAAUGUCUUCCUCUCCUACCAAUAAUAACAAAGUCUAUUAAAAUUUCACCAAAAAAAACUCCAUCAACCUCACAAGGAUCAAAACUUUCAUAUCAACUCUCAAUUAGUGAAAUUAUAUGGCAUGUUUUUAAUAAUCCGAUGCUAAUGAAGCAUAUGUAUUUUGAACCUGGUAUUAAUUCUGAAGAAAAAUCAGAAUUUUGGCAUGGAAAUUUAUGGAGGGAAUCACCACUUUUUGGACAACACGAAAUAUUAAUAUCAGAAGUAUUGUACCGAUCUGGUGAUUUUGUUUACUAUCAUGAUGAUAAUGGUCAAAAAAAACUUGAAAGAUUAAGAUCAAUUUUAAAAAAUGAUGAUGGAUAUUAUCAGUUACGAAUUCAAAAAAUUUUGGAAUAUAGUGAUUUACCUGGAAAUUUAAAAGGGUUACCAGGACAACGUCAUUCUAUUACUGGUGAAGUAUGGUUACAAGAUGAACCAUUUUUAAUUAUAAUGACUUCUCAAAUUUUAAAAAAAGUAACCAUAUUGAUGAUGUUUCAACAUCAAAAUAUUCCUGAUAGUUCAUUGCGGAUUAGUAAAAUAAUUUAUAAAUGUAAUGACUGUUGGCACGUUCGUAAUGUAAAGCUUUCAUACCUACAUCCAUCUGAUUACAUUUCUAUCAGAAAUCCACCAUCAUCAUUUAUACCAAUCUAUAAGCUGUUUUUAGAUCUUUAUUAUGAUGAUUUUGGUACAUUUAGAAAUGUAUACCAUUCUCUAGGUGGUGUUUAUGUACAGUUUGGAAAUAUGCCAGCACAUCAAAGAAAGCUAAUAAAGAACCAUUUUAUUGUUAUUGGGUUUAUCUCAUUUGGAGGAAAAUUUGACGAAUUUAUGAUACCAUUCAUUUCAGAAAUGAAGGAAUUAGAGAAAGGAAAGGUGAUGACUGUCCAAGGAUAA